GUCACCAGUCACAGGACAGUGUUUUCACCAUUCCUUCGCACAUGGCUGUGAAUCACCCAGCAGAAACGAUUAGGUAGUUUCCUUAUAUUACGUCACACCCCGGACACGUACCAAUUCCUUUGCAUCUCUAAACGGAGAAGCAACAAACCGGAACACAGCUACGUGGAAAUGAUGGAAGACACACAAAAUAAACACUCUUGUGUGGCCACUAAAAGGAUGGACGAUUGCGCCAUAUGCCUGGACACAAUUCUGGACAAAAAAACGCUUAAGUGUCUUCACUCUUUUUGCUCUGGGUGUAUCGACUCGGUUUUCAAGUUUAAACCCGCCUGCCCGAUAUGCAACGCCUACCACGGAGUGUACACGGGUACGCAGCCGGUGGGCACGAUGACGGAGAGGCGCAGCUGGCAGCGCCUGCCUGGGUUUGAACAUUGUCAGUCUAUUGUCAUAACGUAUAGUUUCCCUGAAGGGAUACAAGGGCCUGAGCACCCGAACCCUGGGGUGAGGUACAGCGGUACCUCACGUACCGCCUUCCUGCCAGCCUGUGAGGAGGGAGAGAAAGUCCUGCGGCUGCUGAGGAAAGCCUUCGACAGGAGACUCAUCUUCACUAUUGGACGAUCUGUCACCACAGGCCUCAACAAUGUCAUCACCUGGAACGAUAUUCAUCACAAGACCAGCAUGACAGGUGGUCCACAGUGCUUUGGAUAUCCAGAUCCACAUUACUUGUCCAGGGUUCAAGAGGAGCUUCAUCUCAAAGGAGUGACAGAGGAUGACUGAUAGGGUGAAGACAAACAUAUUGGGGAAAUGAAUAGACUGAAUGAAUGGGUUUGGGGCUGAGACAGAGACAGCGUGGAGACACUGGGAAGUAUGAAGAGGUAAAUGUCCACAUUCAUGGUUAUGGUUUGUUGACAAUAAAAUGUAAAAUACUGGCAGCCUUGUCCUUUUGCAAUGUUAAAACACAGGGUGUACAAAUACCGCUCUCAUCGGUCAGCAUACUGUGUUAAAAGAAGUGUCAAAUAAAAGAAAUGCUACACAAAAGGAGUUUCAGGAGUGCUCUGAAUUUACCUGUUGAGACCAAGCUCUUUGGUCUUGAUAGUCGAUAUUUUUUCUGUCCUGCCUUUUACCUGUCCAGUCCACUAGAGGGGGUGUUCUCCUCAAAGAAGACAGUGUGAGGACAUUUGCUUGGUAUGCAGCUGUAUCAUCAUUAAAAACCCACAGUCCUGCAGCACCUCCCAAACCUCAUCAUCCGGUGUCAGUGAGAGGAGCAGAGCAUCUGCUAUAGAUGAUGCGUCAUGUGUUUCUAUGGGGCUCAUGGCAGUUUUAUCAGCAGCAGUUUAUACCAUGUGCGUGUACAAUACAGAGGAAGAAUAUCAUCGUGUCACAGUACGUUUAACAGAUUGUCUCUGGGUUUCUGUGACUUCUCUGCAGAUACUGUUGAAGAUGAGUGGUUGUAGUUAACAUGCCUACACAGACACAGAUUCUAUUAAAAGGUUAAGAAAGCUUAGUAAGAACAAAAUAAUUUGAGGUUCAUCUGCUGUUCUUUUUUAGUUGAGGUCAUUUGCAUGUCUGUACUGAUUAAAUUUGUGUCCCACAGUAGCCACCACACAUCCAAAUAAGUCCACUGUGUUGUCUUUACAUGCAGCAAAGCAGGACACAUAUAGUCUGUUUCUGUCUCUCUCUAGCCACUACUGAAUCUGAAUCAUAUCCAACUGACUCCAGGCUUCCCCCUCUUCCUCUCCUUCUUUCUCUUGUUCAGAAUGUUGCAUGUUUAGUUAUUCCUGUGCCUCCUUUAGUGGUACUGUUACUUGUAACAAAUGUCAGAUGCUAGCAGCCAGGCCCAUGUCGCCGGUGUGGGGCCUCAGCCCAAACUAGCCGCCCUCCAGCGCUUCCCGAGCAGCUGGAAUAUCAGCCAGGUGGCUGGGUGACAGUUAGCAGGAGUCGCUCGAAACAAAUGUCCACGGUGCAUAACCAGCCUGUUCUCGUUUCAAAUUGAUUUUCCCCACUCAGCCACUCACCCGCUAAAUUCUCAGACUUUAUGUCUGGUUUAGUGCUUAAUACAGACAAAAUAACCAUAGAGGGUGACUUUAAUAUUCAUGUAGAUGCUGACAGUGACAGCCUCAA